AAAAUAGGGUUUCCAAUUGGGAAGAAGAUUAGAAGAAGACGACCAGCUGCACAGUGGUAGUGGUUAAACCCCUAAUUGCGAUUAUUCAGGGUUUGUUUAUGUGGGAUCGGAUGAAGUAAUAUAAAGUAAUCACUCCCAGCUGGGAAUCCCAAUUACAGAUCAAGGGAGGAGGAGAAAAGUCAAUGGUGGAUUUCUUCGUCUUCUUCCUUGUUACGUAUGCCAUUGCCAACCGCAAUUCAUUAUUGCUGAGAAAAUAUUGCAAAUCUGCGAAUAAUAAAUUAAUUCCUUUUUUUAGAGUGAGUUCCUUUUAAGCAAGCAAUAAUUCAUUCGCAUAUUCCCUCCCAGUUGCUGCUGCUUCCAGUGAAUGGUAUUGGACAUUAAGUGCUCUCUCCGCUUCGAACCCUAAUUAGGGUUUGAUAUGGGGGCGCUGUGAUUGUGUUAAUGUCUCGGUGAUUAUUGUUGCAGUUGUAGCUUCCUCUUCUUCUUCUCCUCUCGAUUUUUGUUCAUUUUAGGUAUGGAGAGAUCCGAUAGAAGGGAAAUUUAUGGCUUCUCGAAGAGUUCGAGCAGCUCAAUUUCUGAGAAGAUGAUGUUCGAUGCAUCUCAGUAUGAUUUUUUUGGGAAAGGUGUCACAAUGGAUGGAGUUGAAUUGGAAUUGGAAGAAGAGGAUGGAGCUGACGAUGCUGUAAUUAGGGGCAGAUCUGGUGGAGAAGAUGACCUGAAUAAUGAGUAUCAUUUGUUCGAAAGAGACGAGGGAUCGGGAUUGGGAUUAGGAUUAGGAUUAGGAUCGUUGUCUGAAAUAGAUGAUCUUGCGACGACUUUUGCAAAGUUAAACAGAGUUGUUUCCGGACCAAGACAUCCGGGAAUCAUUGGUGAUCGAGGAUCUGGAUCUUUCUCGAGAGAAAGUUCAUCGGCUACAGAAUGGGGACGGGAGGUCGAAUUUCCCGACUGGAACGACCAUCACAUGUCCGAUUCCGAAUUCUACGAGGAAAACCAGCGAUGGUCGUCGCAGCCUCAUCUCCCGGAAUCCCUAAACCGAGCAUCAUCUUACCCCGAGCCGCAACAGCUGCCUCUGCAACACUGCUCGAGUGAACCAAUAUUCGUCCCAAAGUCGUCAUCCUUCGCUUCCUUACCUCUGCGGGACAAUUCCCCCUUGCCCGUCUCCGCUCGACAUUUAUCAGCCUCGCCCUACGACGUAUCUCACUUAGCCUUGCGGAAUUCCUCCAGACUGAACCGAUUACAAAACCAGUGGAGUAGCCACGCCGGCGUGCUUCAUGGUGAUCAUUCGAUCCUCUUGAACAACAUCCUGCAGCGUCGUUGCGGCCAAAAUGGAUUAUCAUUCCCGACUCAGCUGCUGUCUCCUCUGUCACAGAAUUUUCGACCUUCGAUGGCCCAGUUUUCGGCGUUACAGUCCCAGAUAUACAACACCUUUCCUUCUCCGUUGCAGCCGAGUAAAUGCGGGGUAUCCUCAAACAAGAGGGAGGCGAAGCUGCGAUCGGCGCCAAAGGCUAAACAUUCGGUACGUUUCUCAGGUUCCGGCGAAAGUAAUCCACCCCAGUUUCGGUCCAAGUACAUGACAGCCGAAGAAAUUGAAGGUAUUCUCCGGAUACAGCAAGCCGCGACCCAUGGAAACAAUGACGUCUACAUCGAUGAUUACUACCACCAGGCUCGUCUCGCCGAGAAAUCGGGGACAAAGUUCCGGUUCUGCCCGCAGCAUCCGAAAGAGCAAUCGUCGAAAUCCCGGAACAACAGCGCUGAUCUUCAACGACAUCUCCAUGUCGAUGCUCUCGGAAAGAUUUCCUUCUCUUCGAUCCGUAGGCCGUCUCCGCUCUUCGAAGCUGAUCCUCCUCCGUCGCCUUGUGGCGACAAUAAUCUCAAUCUCAAAUCUUCCGGAAAGCCGCUGGAUCGAGAACCGAUGGCUGCAGCCCGGGUAACCGUCGAAGACGGGCAUUCUCUACUAUUGGACGUCGACGACAUUGACCGGAUUCUACAGUUUACGCAGCCGCAAGACGGAGGGAUGCAGCUGAGGCGAAAGCGCCAUAUACUCUUGGAAGGCUUUGCCGCUGCCCUUGAGCUCGUCGAUCCGCUCGGUAAAAGCGGAAACUCUAUCGAUGACAUCGUGUUUCUCCGUAUCCUUUCCUUCUCGAAAGGCCAGAAACUCGUCCGGAAAUUUCUUCGGCUUCUUCUUCCCGGGAGCGAGCUUACUCGGAUUGUAUGCAUGGCUGUGUUCCGGCAUCUAAGAUUUCUAUUUGGGAGCCUUCCACUCGAUCCCGAAGAUAAAAAUACGGCUAACGAUCUCGCCAAAGCCGUCUCAAUUAGUGUUGCGGGCAUGGAUCUUAAUGCCCUCAGCGCAUGUCUCGCCGCAGUGGUUUGCUCCUCCGAGCAGCCGCCGCUUCGUCCAAUCGGGAACCUUUCUGGUGAUGGUGCCUCGAUCAUCUUGAAGUCUGUGUUAGAACGAGCGACGAGCCUAUUGAGAGAUCAUCAGGUGGUCGGGAAUUUCGCUGUUCCUCCGAACCCGGCCCUUUGGCAGGCGUCGUUCGACGCCUUCUUCGGUAUUCUUACAAAGUAUUGCAUCAAGAAAUACGAUGGCAUAGUCCAAUCGUUGAUCGAUCGAAACAUAGAGAACUCAGAGGAGAUUGAUUCGGAGGCUGCCCGGGCUGUAAGUCGAGAAAUGCCGGUGGAAAUUCUGCGUGCUAGUCUGCCGCACACAGAUGCGACCCAGAAGAAAGUGUUGCUUAACUUUGCCCGGCGCUCGAUGCGGAUCGAAUCUUCGCAGUCGACAAGUGAAUCAUAGAGUCAGUCGAUUUGAGUUUUGGAUAGUGUAUGAAGCGCCGAGGCAAUCGUUUUAUUCUUUGCCUGUGCGCAUUGCCUCGUCGGUUAGAUCAUCUUCUACCUUUAAUUGGUCAAGUUCGAUUCAUGUUUGUUCGACAGAAGGUCGAGUUCUACUCGUGUUCGUUCGUUCCUUCGCUCGCAGUAUAGGUAAUACAGUGUGUUGUGCGGCGAUACGAGUGUUUUGUGUGUGUGAACACUUUCUUUCCUUGUUUCAUUCGUUAUUCAGAAAAUACUUUUUCGGUUAA